AAGUGCUGGUCCGAGAAAGUAAAGACUAAAGAAGCAGAGCCACGAGAGCAACACAACACUGUGUUUGCGCUUCCGUUUUUUUGUUUCCAGAGCAGAAAUCGAAACGGCAAUCGCAGAGUUCUUCAGUUCCUGCCUCACUUCAUCAGCGCGGAAUCGGUCAAUAAUCGGGGUCUCCGUUUGGGGAGGAUGACGACUCUCGGUAAGGAGCUGGUCUUCUUGAUCCUGCAGUUCCUUGAAGAAGAAGGUUUUAAAGAGGCUGCUCGAGUGCUCGAGCGGAGUAGCGGUUAUUUCUUCAAUAUGGAGCAUUUUGAGGAAUUGGUUCUAAAGGGGGACUGGGUUGGGGCUGAGAAGUAUCUUUCUGGGUUCACUAAGUUUGAGGAUAAUAAGUACUCAACCAAGAUCUAUUUUGAAAUGAGGAAGCAGAAUUUCCUCGAGUCAUUAGAUAACAAUGAUAGAGCCAAGGCAUUAGACAUCCUCUUCAAUGAUUUGAAAGUUUUUUCCUCGGAUAACAAGGAAUUGUACAACGAGAUGACACAGCUCUUGACCUUAAACAAUAUAAGGGAACAUGGGUCACUCUCAAUGUAUGGUGAUACUGAAACUGCAAGAACAAUUGUGGUGCAAGAACUCAAGAAAAUCAUCAGGGCGAAUCCCAUUUUUCAUGGAAAAGUGGAUUUUCCCAGCAUCAGAACUCAAAGGUUACGGCGUCUUAUUAACCAAAGCUUGAAUUGGCAGCAUUUACAAUGUAAAGAUCCCCAGCCAAAUCCUGAUAUAAGAACCCUUUUUGUGGAUCAUGUUUGUACACCUCCGCAUGAACAUAUUCCUUUCUUGUUGAAUGCUGUUAUUCCUAAGUGUGCAUCUGCCAGUGUGACAUCAACCGUUACUAACUCUGGGAUCUCUGGUGCCACCCUUUGCCCUGUGGCCACCACGGAUCAUCUUGAGACAGACGCUGCAUCCCAAAAAUCAUCAUAUCUCACAGCUGAUAGGGACACACAAAACGUUACUCCCUCUGGUCAAAGUUCUGUGGUUUCUCCUGUUGAUUUGCGUGAGAAUCAUACAGGAAACUCUGUGCUUGGGAGUCAUCGACUGACAAGCAUCACUGACUUUCCAAAGAAGGUCGUGAAAAUAUUGACUGAGGACUCAUCUCAAACAAGCAUGGACUUCCAUCCUGCUCAGCAUACUCUUCUACUAGUUGGAACUAGCACGGGAGACAUAAGUUUGUGGGAGGUCGCUUCUGGUCAAAAGUUGUUUGGAGGGAAUUUCAAGGUUUGGGAUAUAAGUGCAUGCACAAUGGCAUUCAAGACUGCUCUGCUUAAAGAUCCGCGAAUGUCUGUCAACCGCGCUGCUUGGAGUCCUGAUGGCUCUACUUUUGGUGUUGCAUAUUCAAAACACAUAGUACAGAUGUAUGCUUACCAUGGUGACAACGACGUGCGGCAGCAACUGGAAAUCGAUGCUCAUGUUGGUGGUGUCAAUGAUCUUGCAUUUGCUGCCCCUCAUAAACAACUUUUAGUCAUAACAUGUGGUGACGAUGGAGCAAUUCAGGCAUGGGACAUGACCACUGGUGGUAGAAUCUAUAAAUUUGAAGGCCACAAUGCAUCAGUUUAUUCACUCUGCCCCCGCACCAAGAACAACAUUCAUUUCUUCUUUUCCACUUCAGUGGAUGGAAACAUAAAAGCAUGGCUCUAUGACGAUUUGGGACCUAGAGUUGAUUAUGAUGCUCCUGGUCGGGCUAGGACAUCAAUGGCUUACACUUCUGAUGGUCAAAGGCUUCUUUCUUGUGGAACCAGUAGUUCUGGAGAGUCAUUCCUUGUUGAAUGGGAUGAAAGUGAAGGAGCUAUCAAAAGAAGCUACCGAGGAUUGCAGAAGAGUUCUGCAGGUGCAGUUAAGUUUGAUAUAUUGAAGAACCAGUUUGUGGCUGCUGGGGAAGAAAAUGUAAUCAAGGUUUGGAAUUUGGACAAUGAUGAUGUUUUGACAACUAUUGAUGCCGAGGGAGGCUUACCUGAAAACCCACAAAUACGAUUCAAUAAGGAUGGAACCCUCUUGGCUGUUUAUGCAAAAGAAAACAAAAUCAAGGUCUUGGCAAGUGAUAGUGGUCUUCAGUUGCUUGGUAUAUGUGGAAGUGGUUCUCAAGGGUCUUCCAGAGUGGUUGGGGAGGUCAGCACAUUCUUCCUCAUCUUUGUUAAGCUUAACACAGAAGGAGACACAGUAAACAGGGAGGCUUUGAAUUUGAACCUUACUGAGGAAGAUAAUACAGGAAAAAGUAGGAAACCUUUUGAAUCCUACAGACGUUCUCAAUGCCAAUGCUUGUUGCUGCCUUCUCAUGUGAACGUAGAGAAGAUAUCAAGGUUGAUUUACGGGAGUGCAGGUAAUGCUGUUUUGGCAUUAGCAUCAAAUGGGAUUAAUUUGUUAUGGAAAUGGCCAGUUAAUGUUCUCAAUUUGACCGGGCAGGCCACUGCCAAAGUUCCUCCUGAACUAGUGAAACGAAGGAACUCCUCAACAACACUGAUGAAAAACGAACUUACUGCAAACCCUGAGGCUAUCCCAUGUUUUGCUUUGUCAAAGAAUGAUUGCUAUCUCAUAUCAUCAUCAGGAGGGAAAAUUUCCCUUUUCAACGUGCUAACAUUCAAGACUAUGGUGUCUAUCACGCCUCCGUCCUCAGCAGCUACAUGUCUUGCUUUCCACCCCAUAGAUAACAACAUUGUUGCCAUAGGGAGGGCUGAUUCCACAAUUCUUACCUACAACGUCCGUCUCAACAAGACAGUUAGUGUGCUGUCUGGUCAUACUGGAAGGAUCUCGGGGCUUGCCUUUUCAAACACUCUGAACAUGCUGGUGUCUACUGGAGCAGAUGCUCAGAUUCUUGUAUGGGAUGCUGAAAACUUUGCAAGACAAGGAAGCAGAAGAUUGCUGGAGAUUCCAGAUGGAGUGGAGUCAGAUACCUGCGUCCAAUUUCACCCUGACCAGACACAACUCCUUGUAGUACACAAGUCCUAUAUGGGAGUCCUGUCGGCCCACAACUUAGAAUGUGAUGCGAAGUGGAUUCCUGGAGAUUCCACCCCAAUUUCUGGGGCUACAUUUUCAUGUGACGGCCACAAAGUAUACGCUGGCUUUAUGGAUGGGACUGUGGGCAUAUUUGCUUCGUCAUCUCUCCAGUUGUUUUGUCAGAUUGCUCUUCACACUAUUCUUCCUUCUAGUUCAAGCUUGGAUGUUUAUCCUGCCUCCAUUGCAGCUCACCCGCAAAAGCCAAACCAGUUUGCAGUGGGACUAACAAGUGGUGAAGUCGUGGUGAUUGAGCCUCCAGGUCCAGGUACUGAAUGGUGGGUGGAUUGUUCAGACGAUGCGGUUUGAGAAAGAAGCCAACUUCCUAGAACUCUCCCUUUAAUGUGUUAGACAAGAGAUCAGUUAUCUGGGUUAUUUGGCUUGCUUGGUAUAACCCACGGAGGGUGAUGAUUUGAGCUUUGUAACCAUAUCUUGUGGUCAUUUUGGUCCCAACUUCCUUCAUUUGCCUAGGCGGAUUUGCGUUAGUUGAUUUCUUCUUCUUCUUCUUCUUCUCCUCUAGUUGAAGACUCGGGCGAACCAACGUUUGUAGCUAAAAUAAGCACGCGCAAACAAUGUUAUCGCUGACAGUGUCGUCGAGGGAUUCAAACUUUUGAAAAGCAAUAGUAUAUCAAGCCUCGUUGCCAUCCCGUCGAAA